CCUUAUUAAGGCUUAAACUGACGGCAACUGCUUCCGUCUCUGUCCGUACAUUGAGUCAGCCACAAACUCCUCCUCUGGAUCCUCCUAAUCCCAAAACCGCAUUGGCGUUGUCGUUGGCGUUGGCGUUGGCCAAUUUCUAUUCUCUAUUCGCAAAUAUAGAACAGCAUUGGUAGAGGAUAACACCCUGUGCCCCCACACAUUUUCCCGGCGCACGAUAACUUUCUAUUCUAACAACUAACAAGGCCUUCUAUAUAUAUAUAUAAAAGGAAGAGUUAGGGUUUACUUUUGGGGCCCAUACCACCUGUGACUUUCCCUUGUGUGUAGGUGCAAAAUUGGGGUUGGUUCGGCAUCAAAGAAAAAAUGGGUUCGGAGAUCAAUGGCCGUGACUUUUCCAUCUCGAAGAAUCACCAACCUUCUAUGCCUUCCGAUUCCAAACUCCUUACUUUGCCUACCAUCUUGACUCUAGGCCGUGUCGCCGCGAUACCUCUUCUUGUUGCCACCUUCUACAUGGAUGGUUGGCGAGGAACAGCUGCUACCACAAGUAUUUUCGCCGCUGCAGCAGUUACCGAUUGGCUUGAUGGCUAUAUUGCUCGCAAGAUGAAACUAAAAUCUACAUUUGGUGCUUUUUUAGAUCCAGUAGCUGACAAGCUUAUGGUUGCUGCCACAUUGGUCUUAUUAUGUACUAGACCUUUGGAAGUUGCUGUGUUAGGACAAGCACCCUGGCUAUUGAUUAUACCUUCAAUCACUAUAAUUGGUAGAGAGAUAACCAUGUCAGCACUCAGGGAAUGGGCUGCUUCCCAGGGUAGUAAGCUUCAAGAGGCUGUUGCUGUUAAUAAUUUGGGGAAAUGGAAAACAGCCACACAGAUGACGGCCUUAACCAUCCUCCUUGCUACCCGGGACUGCAGUCGUGGAGGACCUGCCAUCUUGGUAGGCUCUGGUGUUGUCUUGCUUUAUAUUGCAGCAGGGCUUGCCAUAUGGUCGUUUGUAGUAUAUAUGAGGAAAAUAUGGAAGGUGUUGCUGAGGUAGCGAGGUUGAUGGCUCUCUGCUUUCACAUAUAUCCACUUCUUCAGUGGGUUUGAUUCUCAUGAUCAUUGCUUACAUAAACAGUUCGGUUACUGAUGCCAUGGAAGGGAGAUGCAGUCUUUGUUACUACAUAUUUAAUUAUGUUUGCUCUCGGCAAUGUCUAACUUUGCACAGCGCAAUUCCUCCGAUUCUUCAAAAUUGCAUGCACGAUUCCCCCUCCCCCCCAAGUCAGCCCAGGUAAACGACAGAAAAAUGAAAAAAAUAAAAACAUGGGAUGUAGAUCGAAAGAAAAAUUAGGUUACUAGUCACGGUUAGAGGAUGUAGCAGUGAUAUUCUAUUGGGGCCGAACUCCUAACUAUAAUUUGGAGCAUUUGAAAGUUCGCCACCUAAGAAAUUUCACAAUCGGAAUUAUUGUAUGGCUGUAGACUGUA